CCAUGUGGGCCAGGCUGGUCGAGAACUCCUGACCUCAGGCGAUCUGUCCACCUCAGGCACGCGAUCCACCCGCCUCUGGCUCCCAAAGUGCUGGGAUUACAGCCAUGAGCCACCGCGCAGGGGGACCAUGAGGCAUUAUUAACCUGACCACACCACUGCCUCCUGCCUUCAGAGUGGGAGGCCUUGUUCACUGAGCGUCAGUCUCUGGCUACCUUGCCACGUCCUUGACAAUGUCUGCUUUCAAAUAUCACUUUCUCCUUCUUUCUUUCCACCGCUUGAAUGCAUCUUUUGUGCUGCAGCAAGCCAAGAGAAAAUGGAAGGAUUGAUUCCCUAAGUGUGAAAGGGGGGUGGAAGUGGUGUCCUCGAAGGGGAGUCUGGGUGCUGGGCGGAGAGGGGAAGAUGCAGUGGGGGAGAGACCUAGAACUUUGAUCAAAGCUGCUGCAGCUGCUGGGGCUGGCGGGACAAAGGGAGGAGGGAGGAGCCUGGGCUCUGAGAAAGUUCGUGGGGAAAGUUGAGCUGAGCCAAGAGUCGGGCGGUGGCUGGGGAGGGCAGGAGGACCCGGCCCGAUUUCCCUUGCUGUUCCCCUUGUGGCCUGGUGAGUGGGAAAUGAAACCAAAGAUUGAACCAGUGGAGGGGCCCUCUAAUCUAUGGAAGGAGACAUGAGGGGUUCAUGGGAUUCUGACGCUGACAGAGGCAAAAAUCUGCUAACUCAGAGGGCAGACUCAACCAAGACUGUAAGCAGGCCUGGGGAAUGACCCCCCGAUCUCCAACCGGCGCCUUCCACGGCUGCACGGCUAUCUCCAGCUGUCUCUGCCCCUGUUUCUGGCCCUGGCUCCAUCCCUUUCUCACUUCACCCUUCCCUGUGCCACAUGGGCCCUCUGUCUCCUGCCAGGACACUGCGGCUCUGGGGACCUCGGAGCCUGGGGGUGGCUCUGGGAGUCUUCAUGACCAUUGGCUUUGUGCUCCAGCUCUUGGGAGGGCCCUUCCACAGGAGGCUACAGCCCUUGGCCCCAUCCCUACGACCAGCCUUUCUGUCCUGCCCUCCCCGGCAGCGACUGGUGUUCCUGAAGACGCAUAAAUCCGGAAGCAGCUCUGUGCUGAGCCUGCUUCACCGCUAUGGGGACCGGCAUGGACUGCGCUUUGCCCUCCCCGCCCGCUACCAGUUUGGCUACCCAAGGCUCUUCCAGGCCUCGAGGGUAAAAGGCUACCGCCCCCAGGGUGGAGGCACCCAGCUCCCCUUCGACAUCCUCUGUCACCACAUGAGAUUCAACCUAAAAGAGGUACUUCAGGUCAUGCCUUCUGACAGCUUCUUUUUUUCCAUUGUCCGUGACCCAGCAGCUCUGGCUCGCUCUGCCUUCUCCUACUAUAAAUCCACCUCAUCAGCCUUCCGCAAGUCACCAUCCUUGGCUGCCUUCCUGGCCAAUCCUCGAGCCUUCUACAGGCCUGGGGCCCGUGGGGACCACUACGCUCGCAACUUACUAUGGUUUGACUUUGGCCUCCCCUUUCCCCCAGAGAUGAGGGCCAAGAGCAGGAAUCUUCAUCCCUCCAGAGACCCCAAUGCCCCAGAGCUACAGGUCUUGCCCUCUGGUGCUGGCCCUCAAGCCCAAGCCCUCAAUCCCAAUGCCCUCAUCCAUCCUGUUUCCACUGUUGCUGAUCAUGGCAGCCAGAUACCAAGCCCUGCCUCUUUCCAUAUGGGGUCUUCAUCCUUCAUUCAGUGGGGCCUGGCCUGGCUGGACUCUGUCUUUGACCUGGUAAUGGUGGCUGAGUACUUUGAUGAGUCAUUGGUUCUGCUGGCAGACGCCCUGUGCUGGGGUCUGGAUGAUGUGGUGGGCUUCAUGCAUAAUGCCCAGGCUGGACGUGAGCAGGGCCUCAGCACUGUCAGCAACAGUGGACUGACUGCAGAGGACCAGCAGCUGACAGCACGGGCCCGAGCCUGGAACAACCUGGACUGGGCUCUCUAUGUCCACUUCAACCGCAGUCUCUGGGCACGGAUAGAGAAAUACGGCCAGCGUCGGCUGCAGACAGCUGUGGCUGAGCUCCGGGCUCGCCGACAGGCCCUGGCCAAACACUGUCUGGUAGGGGGUGAGGCUUCUGACCCCAAAUACAUCACUGAUCGCCGGUUCCGCCCCUUCCAGUUUGGGUCAGCUAAGGUUUUGGGCUAUAUACUUCGGAGUGGAUUGAGCCCCCAAGAUCAAGAGGAGUGUGAGCGCCUGGCUACCCCUGAGCUCCAGUACAAGGACAAGCUGGAUGCCAAGCAGUUCCCCCCGACCGUCUCACUGCCCCUCAAGACUUCAAGGCCACUCUCCCCAUAGACAUCAGACUACAGAUUUAUGUGGAAAAGCACCCAUGUUUGAAGGGCACAUGGGAUGAGUGGGGGGUGGGGCAGCAAGAUGCCACUUCUGCAUCUCUCAGAAGGGAUGGGGCUUCAAUGGGCUCCCAGCAGUGCUUCCCUCCUCCACUCAUUUUGCUCCUUUCUUUAUUUUAUUUUUUUGAGAUAGAGUCUCGCUGUAUCCCCCAGACUUGAGUGCAGUGGCACGAUCUCAGCUCACUGCAACCUCUGCCUCCCUGGUUCAAGCAAUUCUCCUGCCUCAGCCUCCCAAGUAGCUGGGAUUACAGGUACAUGCCACCACACACAGCUAAUUUUUAUAUUUUUAGUAGAGACAGGUUUUCAACAUGUUGGUCAGGCUGAUCUCGAACUCCUCACCUCAGGUGAUCCACAUGGCUCUGCCUCCCAAAGUGCUGAGAUUACAGGUUUGAGCCACCACGCUGGCCUCCGCUUCCCCUUUCCUGCCCCAGGGCAGAUCCACAUCACCAAAGCACCCUAGAGGGGCAAAAGAUGGAGUGAGCCACAGAAAGUUUGGUGCAUGGUGAGUUGGAAUAAUACGUCCAUUUCUCUACCAAAUAUUUGUUACUAGACUGUUCACUCUGAAAUGUUUGCUGAAUGAAUAAAUAAUUUGAAACUUC